AUGUCGAUGAUUCCAUACAACGAGCGAGAUCUCUAUACAUACCAGUCGUCUAACAAUAUCGACGAAGCAGAUGAAUCAACCGGCUCAUCAGAAACCCAGGAGAAUACACCCUCAACUAUAGAUGACAGUAAUAAUAAUUCCUCAAAAGAGCAUCGGAUUGAGCCGCACGCACUGACCCAUCUAUUUCAAUGUCCGCUAUGCUCACUACCACUUCAGACACCCUUUCGUCUUCCGUGCGGAAGGACGAUUUGUCGUUCUUGUCUUCCGCCGUUGAAGAGACGAGAGGCAAUUUCGUAUUUGCAGGGUAACAAUAAAGAGCGAAGAGAGGAAGGGUUUAUAUGUCCUUGGAAGGAUAAAGGGUGUGGAAAUGAGCGUGUGUCGGCCGAGCAUGCGCUGGAUGAUUGUGGUGUGGAUGUUGUUCUAGGGAGGAUUUUGGAUGUUUUUGAGAAGGUGGCGAAUGAUUUUGAGGAUGGAAAGCAACAGUGGUCUGGGACUGAUGUAUGUAUGCAAUGGAAGAUGACGAUGCAUGCUACCGGUGUUGCCGAUGAAGCUGAGACAGAAAGCGACGAUGUUACGACACACCCAAAGGAAGAGGUAUGUAAAGCUACCUUACGCGCUGGACGCUACUUGGGUACAUACCUGCUGGCUCGGGAGGGACGCUUACCAUACGACGCCGGAGAUGUCGUCUACGAGGACACUGCCGUCAUCAAUAACGAAAAGGAAGAACUACUGAACGAUGACACAAGCAACAAAAUAGACGAAGUUAUCUACGAACAGCUCAGAACCGGCAUCAGAGACGAGCUUGAUUGCCGAGUAUGCUACGGUCUAAUAGUUGAUCCAUGCAUCUCUCCCUGUGGCCACAGUUUCUGUUACGAAUGCGCAAAUCGCAUACGAGACACCUCAAACCUCUGCCCCCUCUGUCGCAAAAAGAUGGAUCUCUCCUUUCGCGAAGGGCCCAACCCAGCCCACGGCGUUCUACGCUGUCUGUUAGACGCCUUUUUCCCCGAUGAAAUUAAAUCUCGCAAGGAAGCCAUUGAGGAGGAUGGAACAUGCGAUGAUGAUGAACUACCUCUAUUUGUCUGUACUCUGGCGUUCCCAUCAACGUCGACACAUCUUCACAUCUUUGAGCCGCGGUAUCGGCUUAUGAUUCGCCGAGCACUGGAUUCUGGGAAUAGUAAAUUUGGAAUGGUGACUCAUAACUUUUAUCAUGAUCUUGCGACGGAGGGGCAUCCAGAUCGAUCGCCGGAGCCAUUUAUGCAAUAUGGGACAGCUGUUAGGAUUGAGUGGAGAGAUUUCCUUCCCGAUGGAAGAAUAAUGUUGACUGCUGUGGGGAUGCAUAAGUUCAAGAUACUUCGUUACGGUGUUCUCGAUGGGUAUUAUCGUGCGCAUACUGAGCGCGUGGAUGAUAUCAGUCUUGCAGAAGAGGAAACCCUAGAAGCACGGGAAUUGGCGGCAGCGAACCAAAACAACCAGCCAGCAAAUGGCUCGCCAUUAAAUGCCUUAUCAACCCAGCAACUGAUGCAGAUCUGCAUGGACUUCCUCGAAAAACAACGCAUGAACUCUGCACCAGCAGUGCGUGAGAGAAUCAAUCGGGUGUUCGGUCAACCGCCUACAGACCCAGCCAUCUUCCCGUAUUGGUUUGCGAAUGUUCUACCCAUACCGGAUGAAGAGGCAUAUAAAAUCAUACCCUUGACUAGUGUGCGUGAACGACUCAAGGUUGCAGCGACGUGGCCGGGUAAGCUUGAAGGUAGUGGCUGGUCAAUCUCAACGUCCUCCUGCACAAUCUUAUGA